CCACGGUGUGCAAAGUUUGGAGUUUGAACCUGAACUCCGGUGGAAGGACUGAUCUAGGUGAAACCCUGUUAGUUCACCGAAGUAUUAAGUGCGAGAAGUUUGAUGGGUACGCCUACCAUGCCUUCCCUUGGAAAUCACAUAUUUUUCACGGUUGCUCUGAUUCCCCUGCUGUUCACCGCUCCUUCUGAUGGAGGUAAAGUCCUGGUAUAUCCGGUGGAUGGUAGUCACUGGAUCAAUAUGAAGAUCGUGAUCGAGGAACUCCACGCAAGAGGACACAGCAUCGACGUUAUACGAGCAUCAGACAGUUGGUAUAUAAGAGAGGAGUCCCCGUUAUACUCCUCGAUCACCAUCCCUGUAGAAACCCCCAUGGAAAACUUUUUUCUAAUAUAUCUGGAGAAAUACAUGAAGGCACAGAGAGAAAGAGCAUCUGCGUUUACAUUCCUCAAACUCACCUCGCAGUUCAUGUCAAUGAUUUCUAAGGCUCAUUCAGUAAACUGUGAUAUGCUUGGUCAAAUCCUUGACGAUGAAAGCCUUGUUCAACGCCUAUCUGAUGCCCAGUAUGACCUGGUCCUCACCGAUCCUGCCAUUGCAACGGGGGUUGUCCUAGCCAAGUAUCUCAAACUACCUCUGGUGCUUAACGUCCGUUGGAUCACCAGCGGAGACGGCCAGUUCGCCAUAGCUCCGUCCCCACUGUCCUACGUCCCCGUCCCGGGCUCUGGUCUCACAGACAAAAUGAGCUUCACAGAGCGGACCCAGAACAUGUUGUUUCACAGCCUCAUUGUCUUCCAGGAGAGGUUCAUGGUGGGGCCUAGUUAUGAUGCCAUCUGUGACAAGUACAUUGAGGGGGGCUGUGACAUCAUCUCCCUCAUCCAGGAAGCAGACAUUUGGUUGUUCAGGUCCGAUUUUGUCUUUGACUUUCCCCGACCCACGAUGCCGAAUGUAGUUUAUAUAGGGGGCUUCCAGUGUAAGCCAGCCCAGCCCCUUCCAUCUGACCUGGAGGAGUUUGUUCAGAGUGCCGGGGAGCACGGAGUGAUCAUCAUGACCCUGGGUACUUUAGUGAACGCAUUACCAGAUGAUAUUGCAGAGGAGAUCGCCAGCGUCUUUGCAAAGAUGCCUCAAAAGGUGAUUUGGCGGAACAUUGGAAAGCGUCCCUCCACUCUGGGCAACAACACACUGAUAGUGGACUGGAUGCCCCAGAAGGACCUCUUGGGCCACCCUCAGACCAAGGUGUUUGUGGCUCACGGAGGAACCAAUGGAGUCCAGGAGGCCAUAUACUACGGGGUACCAGUGCUGGGCAUACCGCUGUUCUUUGACCAGUAUGACAACCUGCUCCGUCUGCAGGAGAGGGGAGCGGGAAAAAUCCUCAAACUGGCUGAAGUCAACGGUCGCACCUUUGAGCAGGGACUUGGGGAAGUGCUCCACCAAGACAGUUACAGAAACAAUAUGCAGAGACUGUCCCGUCUGCACAGAGACCAGCCGAUUCCCCCCCUGGAGCAUGCCAUCUUCUGGACAGAGUAUGUGAUGCGCCACAAAGGUGCACCCCACCUUCGUACUGAGUCUUACAGGAUGCCCUGGUAUUCUUACUACUCUAUAGAUGUAAUGAUGACUCUGUUGGCUGCUGUGACCAUCUUUCUCCUCUCUAUUGUAAUCAUGUUUAGGUUCUUGUGCUGUAGAGGUAGGAGAAUAUCCAAAAGCAAAAUACACUAACUCAAGUGUAAAUUGUAGCUUGAAUUGUAAUUACAUAAUAUUCAAUAUUUUUUUAUGUUAUAUAUAAUUUAAAAUUUAUUUCGCAGUUGUCCACAUUUUACUACAGCAACAAAAUUCAUGAUUACGAAAUAAAAACAUAAAUAAAAACACAUUU